AACACCCAUAAAUUAUAAUUCCAAAGUCUACGUCCGAAAUGGAAUAUAGUCUCUGACUUAAUGAAAUGUGAGUCACGUGUGUUUGUGUCGUACGUGCGUGAUUUAAGUACUGCGAAAAUGCCUAAAUCAAUUCAGAAUGAUCUAAAGAAGCUCACAAAAGUUAUCCAUCCAAGAAGCCGAAAAGCCCAGCAGCUUACAAAGAAGAUAAGCAGGAUCUCAGCACGUGAGAAGAUUAAGUUAAUACAUCAAGUAAGGCAGAAUUUGCUGGGGGAGAAGUUACAAUGGUUCAAAGACAACCUCGAUGCAAAUGCUGCACUGUGUACAGCGGAAAUGCUUAUGGAACUUAUUGAACGGUAUCUUCACAGAUUUGAUGAUGAGUUAGAACAAAUAGAACUUAAAAGAACCAUUGGUGGACAUAGAUCAAGGCAGCAUGCUAGUCGUGAGGAUAUAAUUCGUAUGACAAUACUGAAAGAUAGAGAGGAUUAUGAAACUGGAGGUAUAGAACUACCUGAUAUUCUUGCAACCAGCCAGUUGGCAUUGUUACGUCAGUGGCAAGGCGAGUUACGCUUCCUACAAAAGUUCAGACUUAGACUGUUUUCAAAACGUUUCUUGUCCUCCAUCAUAGGAAAGUCAGUGUCAAAGGAGAAACCUAACUCAGAGAAUCAAAGUGACUCAUCAGAAAGUACCGGUAUAAAUAUCCUCCCUGAAGAAGACAAAGAUUCAACAUUACCAGCAAAUGAUGGAAAUGUGAUUGCACCAAAUAAAACAGAGGCUGCAGAGGAACAUAUGGAAACUGACACUUGAACCUCGUGCAGGAUCUGAAACAUGCUGCUACAUUCUGUGUUAUACCAGGAUAAUCUUGGUAUGCUCCAUGAAGACAGACACAACUCAUCAGUCCAGUUAUUAUUCACGUCAUUGUGGACAGACAAUGUCUUGAUAUUAUUAAAGAUAUGCAUGUUUGAGUUUGUGACUCUGGGCGUCCUCUGAUUCCUGCUUUCAGUAUAUAUAUAGUAUUUAUUUGUUCAAGCUUGAAAUGUUAAUAGCUACUGUAAAUACAUGUUUAUUUUUUAAAUGUUA